CACACAACUACAUCUUACGAAAGAGAUCGUCUGACUGACUGACCAGCAUGAAGAUACUUUGUUUCUUAUUCUUGGCUGCUAUGAUUUCUUUAUCAUAUUCAAGUAAAAAAGACGUAGUUUACGUUGGUGACUACGAAUUAACAUACUGGGCAGGCGGGGUAGAUAAUGUAGCGUUUGGAUCCGCGGCAUUUUUAUGCAGUCGACAGGGAAGAGGCGAUAAACUUGUCAAAGUAAACGAAGCUGAUAUAUACAACGCUGUUCAGUCAAUUCUUCGAGAUUAUGGUUAUCCCCAUACAUGGGGCGGAGGAUCAGAUGCCAUGAGUUCAAACUAUUGGCAAUGGAUUGACGAAACUCCAAUGAAAAGCGGCUUCCAAAAAUGGAACCCAGGAGAACCAAACAGUAACGGAAAUGAGAAUUGUCUUUUGAUGGGAUGGGGUGCGCAUUAUUGGAAUGAUGUAGAUUGUGUUUAUCGAUACGGAUACAUAUGUCAAGCGGAUGAAUCAAAGAUUACUUCAUCCAAGUAUUCGGCAUUCACAUACAGUGAUGAACAAAUCGAUGCUUCCGGACGAUCAAUGUCUUUCUGGGAAGCUCAAUCACAAUGUAUGAAACAAGGAAGCAGACUCGUUGAAGUUGAUGACGAAAAUAUAUAUGGAAUUAUUCGAUCUAAAUUAGAAAAACUCCAAACUACAAAAUAUUGGAUUGGUGGAACUUACAAAGAUAUUGACGGAGAAUGGAAAAGGGUGGAAACUGCUACGGAUAUUGGAAUUACAAAGGGAAUAAGAAAAUGUGUUGCAAUUGACAAUGUCGGAUGGAACGAAUAUGAUUGUGAAGAUACUUCUAUACAGUUUAUAUGUCAAACAGUGCAAUCAUACAAAUUGAAAAUAUCAAAUGAAAAUCCAGUUCUUGUCGUGUCAGAAAAAAUACAGAUCGACUGCAACGCCUUAGGAUUUCCCAUUCCCACAGUGACGUGGAACAAAAACAAAGAACCAGUGUCAGAAGACGAUGGAGAAAACAUUCAUCAAUCUGUUGGUGAAGGAAGUUCAAGUCUAGUUUUGAAUAAGGCUGAGUUGUCCGAUGAAGGCCAAUACGAAUGCAUAGCCUUCAACUAUGUCAACGGUACAAAAAAUAAAAUCAGGGGAUUCUCGAAUAUUAAAGUAUAUCCAUACGGAACUGAUCUGAACAAUAUCGAUACAGAUGCUGAUGGAGACAAUGAAUGGGUGGAAGCAUAUAAUGAUUUCAUGAAUCGAAACAAUCAAUCGGUGAUAGCGACAACCGAACCAACCGAUAAAGAUUCAGUACAUGACUGUUCAUCAGAAUCGUCUGAUGAGAACUGGAUGAUCCCCACUAUAAUCGUGUUGGCAUGUCUAUGCUUGAUACUACUUGUGGCGCUCGCGUUCAAAAGUUAUAUCUCAACGUCUUCCAGAAAACCAAUACCAAGUGAAUUUACAAAUAAUGCAGUUUAUGCUGUUGAAACCAACGGCAAAGCAUGAGAACAGAGGGGAUACUGAAAAGGAAGAUAAAAAGAAGUUUAUUACUUUAGUUUGAUGCACUAGUAACUUUGGUUUAAUUGAGUAGAUCUGCAUUGAUUUCUUGAUAAUUUGUUCAUGAGAUAUAUUGAAUUUAUCUUAAUUAAAAUGUCGCUUAAAUAUUUGUUGCAAUCCUCUUUGUUUUUGUUCACCCAACAUUUUGUUGCUAAAAACUGAUUUCGUAAAAUUCUGUUUCUAUUGUGAUUUUAUUGGUGUUAUUUACUUUUCAAUGACCUUAAAAUCUAUAUUUCUUUCAAUCCUUAUUAGACU